AUGGCGUUCCUGGCGGUGGUGACCCAAGAGGAGCCGCCGUUGGCCGUCUUCGAGCUCCUGGACAGGGUCCACCAGGUGCUGCUACGGUACCUCGGGGACGUCAGCGAGGACUCGCUCCGGCAGAAUUUUUCCACUGUGUACCUCCUGCUGGACGAGAUGAUAGACAGCGGGCUUCCGUUCACGACUGAGCUGAACAGCCUCGAGUCGAUCAUCGCGCCGCCCUCGGCGAUCGGGAAAGUUGUCCAGGCGGUGUCAGGGAGCAGCACGACGGUCUUGUCCGACGUGCCGCCGGAGGCCGCCGGCACCCCAGCCGGCGGAGCCCUCGGGGCGCUCUCAACGGCCCUGGGCGCCGGGACGCACACCAAGAUAGGCGGCGCUUCGUCAGAGGUGUGGUGGCGGCGGCAGCACGUAGUGUACGCCUCCAACGAGGUCUACGUCGACAUCGUCGAGUCGAUCGACUGCAUAUGCAACGGGAACGGCCAAGUGGUCUCGGGCGGAAUCAAUGGAGACAUCCUGGUCAAUAGCAAGUUGAGCGGGCUUCCCGAGGUUCUGCUCACGUUGCGAAACCCAGGGGUGCUGCAAAACGUUUCCUUCCAUCCGUGCGUGCGGCUGCACCGUUACGAGCGGGACCGGGCGUUGGCCUUCGUGCCCCCAGACGGCGAGUUCACACUCGCCUCUUAUUGGAUUCCCGACACAACCCUUGUCUUGCCGUUCCAUUUCAACGUGUCCCUCACGUAUCAUCAGGAGCAUGCGAAGUUGCAAAUCGUGGCGAACCCGAAAUUGGCAGUGACGAUGCAGCACAAGCAGAUGUUGAUUGACAAGUUCUGCGUCAACGUCCGCCUGCCGUCGUCGAUCGCCUCGGCGACCCUGACUUGCCAGGGAGGCAGCAUCCGCUUCGACGAGGACGCCAAGGUGGUUGUGUGGAACAUCGGCAAGCUCGCUGGCCAGGAGAACAAGGCGGACGGCACUCUGAUCUACGCCACAGACCCCCGAAACGGAUCUCCGAUAGUGCCCUCCGAGGAGAAGUCCACGUCGCAGCUGCACUUUGCAAUCAAGGGCUGGGCCAUCUCAGGUGUCCGGCUCGACGCGUGCGACGUGAGUGGCACCAACUACACCCCGUACAAGGCGAGCAGAUACACGACGACCUCUGGCAGGAUGGAUUUCCGGAUCGCCUAG